AUGGAACAAAGUCUGUCUGAUCUACUUAGUGAUGCAUUUUCAGAGCUGGACUUUGUGAAUUUAUAUUUUGAUGAAAAGUUUGAGGAAGACAAGACAGACCUCUCUCAUGAAAACCAGGAAGCAGCAGGUGAAGCUACAGCUCUGUCUAGCGUGGAAAAUAAAGACACAUACAUAGCCGAAAAUGUUGACGAAGAGCAGUCUAAUGACAAAAAUGAUGAGGAGGACUUUCAAGGGGCUGGGAUCAGUGUCGUGAAUAUGGACAAAACACCAGAGGAGGAUUACACAGGUUCAGAUAAAGAGUCUGAAGAGGAAGCUUCUGUCUCUGGAGAAGAUGAAGAUUGUGAGGAAGAGGAUAUGGGAACAGGAGAAAGACCAGGAGAUUUGAUGAUGUUAGUCCACUGUGGCGACAAGUCCUGCUACGGUAAUACAGAGGACAGUAUUGUUGCUGAGGGACAACCUCUGGCCCCAGAGGGUCCUGAAAGCCCUCAAGUUAUAAAUGAGGAACAAGGAGAGAGUGAGAGUGAUGAGGAAGUGUCCUAUAGCGGUCGAACCCCUGAACAUGGCAAUGAGGUGACGACAAAAGAUGAUGGGAUUGAAGACGAUGAAGAAAGGGAAGAAGAAAAGCAAGAGGACUCUUCUGAUUCUGAGUGCGAGGGCAUGAAAAUCGGACAAGAAGAAAACAUCCAUGCUCAGUGCUUCGAGGAGGAGGUUGAAAGUCCUUACAAAGAUGGGCCCAUGAAAGUCAGUAUGGAAUUUCCAGAAAUAUUAGUGCAAAAUUUGCAGGAUCUCAUUGCUGCAGUUGAUAGUGAGGAAUGUGCAGAAAAAAUAGAGGAUUUUAUAGGGGAGGAACACCAAGAGGCAGGUGAGAGCGAUGAGGAAGUGUCCUGUAGUGGUCGAACCCCUGAACAUGGCAAUGAGGUGACGACAAAAGAUGAUGGGAUUGAAGACGAUGAAGAAAGGGAAGAAGAAAAGCAAGAGGACUCUUCUGAUUCUGAGUGCGAGGGCAUGAAAAUCGAACAAGAAGAAAACAUCCAUGCUCAGUGCUUCGAGGAGGAGGUUGAAAGUCCUUACAAAGAUGGGCCCAUGAAAGUCAGUAUGGAAUUUCCAGAAAUAUUAGUGCAAAAUUUGCAGGAUCUCAUUGCUGCAGUUGAUAGUGAGGAAUGUGCAGAAAAAAUAGAGGAUUUUAUAGGGGAGGAACACCAAGAGGCAGGUGAGAGCUUUGCAGAUUAUCCCUCUGCAUUUUCUUCUUGUGAAUAUAGAGAAGAUGGAGGAAAUCAAGAAAACAGUUACAACUCCUUGCCUUGUGCAUCUGACAACGGUUCAAACACAAAGCAGAACACCCGUCUGGAAGGGGCUAAAGAUAUAACAUGCAUGGAAAGAGAGGACACUGAUGAGGUGGGAGAUGAAUAUCUGCUCAGCAGAGAUUUAGAGAGGGACGUUGAUAGGUUGGUGAGCCUAGAUGUGGCAGCUGGAGAAAAAGAGCAAGGAGAAACAGAGAUUGUCGAGAAUGUGUUGGUUGACACAGUUGUGACAGGGGGUGACGAUGGAAGUGAUACAGGCGAGAGUGACUCCUACAGCUCCAGUGAUGAUGAGGUCCAAGUGAGGGGGAGACAUGAGGACCUCUUUGAAAAUAUGUGUCGGGAAGAUCUUGAAAACAAGAAACUGGGGGACACUCAGCUUUACAGCGGGAGCAGCGCAGCCUUUUCCAGAUGGAGUGUCUCUGAUGACCGUCACAUCACAAACAACAGAGAAAAUCCACCAGAUUUCAACAUAAACUGGGAUUUUGACUUGUUAAAACCUGAUACCCUUCUGUUUGACGACCUGUUAACCACACAAGGGGAAACAUCUCCUUCAGGUGUGAGUCAGUGUUCUGCAGAAGACAUUGAGAGCUACUCAGUGGUGCAAAGAAAGGAAGGCACAACCACAACACCCUCUAAUCAGGGAUCCCUGGAUGAUAGUUUCUUCUUCACCGCUAAACCUGAGGCCUCGGGGAUCAGUGAGCUGGAACAGUUGGGAGCUGACGAGUAUGAAGAGGAAAGGAACUGGGAACAAGAGCAGGAGAGAAUCAAGGCUUUCUACAUGUUUUAUGAUGACAGUGAAGGGGACAAUGGGAAAGAAGAGAGGCAGACGAAGGUUCAGUUUUGUACAGAUCCACUGUCUCAAGUAAUUCACUAUGAAACUGACAGUGACAGAGAAUCACCCAGCAGCUCCACAGACGAGGAGGGGGACCUGAGUUCAACAGAAACAUCUGACGAACUGAGAGAGCUUGACAACACGCUGCAAAUUAAACCUACUUGUGAUCCCCCAUACACUUUGCUACAAGAGAGCAAGCCAGAGAAGAGCAAGCCAGAGAAGAAUUGCAGCAACACACACGUCUGUAGCAAAAAGCAUAAGUGUCUCAGCAUGCUGAAGCUGAUAGUGAAGAUGGGUCUGGUGAUACUGUUGGGAGUGCUGAUGUUCUGGUUGGCCACAGAGCAAGCAGACUGGCUCAGUCACAUUUGUUUCUUUUAGGCCUACAGCUAAUUUUUGUUCAUUAAAACAUUUUUACAGGCUUA